UUAGACGUCGGACAUGGCACCAGCACUGGGCCCGCGACCACUGCCCAACGUGCUCCUCGCAUCCCUGAUACCGGUUGCCAUUUGGUUUGUUAUCAGACCUCUCCUGGACCCACCACCACCGCUUCCUGCCUUGCACACGUCAGUCGGGUUCUCCAUAUUCGCGUUCCUUGCUGCCUUGUAUCUCGUACCGGCACUGGGACCGUCCUUUGUCAAAGCAAAUCUCAAAGGAAGAGACUUGUUGAAGGUCUACUCCGAUCCAAUACCCGAGAGUCAGGGGUUGAUUUGCGCCGCGAUUUAUAUCCUACUGUUGAUCCUGUUCAUUCCGUUCCCUUUCUCAAACUCCAUAGCAAACCUGCCCACGAAGGGCACUCAUCUAGAGGGUCUACUCGGGGCCGCAUCUCUGCAUCAUGAACUCUCUGUAUACUUAUCCUCGCUUUUGUCCUUGUUAAUGGCCACGCUCCUCGGAUUCUUGGACGAUGUAUUUGACAUUCGAUGGAGACACAAGUUGCCUAUACCCCUCAUUGCUGCAAUUCCUCUCCUGAUGGUGUACUAUGCCGAAGGAGGAAAUACGCACGUUGUAGUGCCAAUUCCACUGAGACCACUCUUUGGAGUUUUGCUCAAUCUAGGCCCGCUUUACUAUCUAUACAUGGCACUCCUGUCUACUUUCACCACGAACAGUAUCAAUAUUCUCGCUGGAAUUAAUGGUUCCGAAGUCAGCCAAGCGCUGAUCAUCGGCACAUCCGUCAUUCUGAACGACCUGCUAUACCUCCCAUGGCCUAUAGACUUCCGCAUACCCCUUCACCUUCUUGGCAGUCAGGCCGAGGUAGACGUAGGAGGGCCAUGGCGCGCCGGUAUGGCGUAUGGGAGCAGUCAGCUCGUCUCGAGGCACCUUUUCAGCCUGUACUUCAUGCUGCCAUUAGUUGGUGUGUGUUUGGGUUUCAUGUACCACAACUGGUACCCCGCUCGCGCAUUCCCGGGAGACACCCUCUGUUACGUCACAGGCAUGGCCUUCUCAGUUGUGGGCAUACAGGGACACUUCUCUAAAACAUUGCUCCUGUUCUUCAUUCCACAAAUUUUCAAUUUCGUUCUUUCGUGUCCACAGAUAUUCGGGCUGGUCCCGUGCCCACGACAUAGAGUACCAAGGUUCGACUCUGAUACCAAUCUCUUGCAUCCUUCGACCGCACAGUUUUCACAACCCCCAUCGAAGUUGACCACCCUCAUCCUUCGGGUCUUUGCCUCACUGCGCUUGACGAAGUUGAAAUUCCAUCCUAGUAACGGCACGAUCGUCGAAGCCACUAAUCUUACAAUCCUAAACUUUCUCCUUGUGAACUUGGGGCCAAUGAACGAGAAGGAACUCGUCCAGACACUCAUGGCUGUUCAGGUCUCCGGUAGUGUAUUAGCGUUUGGAGUGCGGUAUGGCCUAGCGGGUCUGCUUUAUGAUGGGGAUAGACACUAGGUAGAGGUAAUUAUGUACGGUAAAGCACAAGAAUGAAGAGGGUUUUCCGGAGCCGCCGCUCAAAAUCCCAUAACGCCGCGCACAGUGUAAGACACGAGGGUCCUAUGGCUGUUCUCUCAUACACAUCGUAGUUGGAUAAUGGAGAUAGAGCGUAUUCACGAACAACGACAGGUGUGAGACGGCGUGGUGUGGCAACCAUGACUCGUGUCCGAAAUGAAACAGGUGCUUGUGGCGGAUAUCACAUGAAAAUUGGUCACACACUUCGUCGGCCCCUUCCCCGAAUGCCAGUACUGAAAUGCACUAACGGAAGUGGC